AUGUUUGCAUACAAAACUGCCGUGCCAUUUACAUGUAAAUCGUUCUCCGUAGCACUCUCUCUGGAUGGCCAGGUAGGCAUUUCGGGAGGUGCUCUUGAUUUCACGCCCCUUGCAGUCCGGUGGUGUUUGGAUUUCAUUCUAACCACCAACGGAAAAACUGCUCAUUUCGAAAUAAUAGAGAAUCUUCUUCAAUCGUUUGUGGAAUCCACUUUCAUGCAGUCAGCGGAAACACAUAUGGAAAUGUACUCCCAGACCUCAACAGGAUUCACCGUGACAUUUGCGCCUGGAAAGAUAGACAGCUCACCAGACUAUUGUCGAAGAUACCUUAAAACAGUUAAAGUUUGUUUGAAAUUCAUUCAUGCAGAUCAAGCCAUCGAGCCUCUCUUUGAUCAAAUGACACAGCUCGCGGAUUACGCUAUGGUAUGCUUCUUCAAUGAGCUUAAAGAGCUUGUACCUGCAAUUUUCACCAAGGGAUAUGAGAAGGUGACCGAAAUAGAGCACACGUUUAACUCUCUUGCCUCUGCAAUAGCCUUAGAUUCCACUCUAGGGUUGCGGCGAGCUGCAGAAGUGUGUCACCUAAACCCCGAGAAUGAAAAAUGCGCCUUGUGGGAUGACAGCUCUGAAAGACUAUUUUUUAUGCCAAUCAGGUACGUUUCGCAUGUUCAUUCAGUUAUUCCAGACGAAUUGGCCGACAUCGAUUGUGUCCACACCAGCAUCUUUUGGGAUGAGAUCAGUGAUGUUACCUAA